AUGAAGAUUGAUAGUGGUCUGAAAGAUGUGAAAUUAUCAAGUAUAGGUAGAUUGGACCCUUCUUUUCGCGGUAAAGGGCUGUGCGAGCUGAUGACGUAUCCAAUAGAAGCCUUUGAUCUUCACAGGGACUUCGUUGAUGAUAAAGACUAUGAUUUCUAUGAAAUAGACAGGAACAGCUUGGAGCCCAACUGUCCAGAAUCAUUGAGAGGUCCCGGUAUACUACACUCGGGGUUUUUAUCCUCAAAACCUGACAGACUGCCAGUCUACCAACCCCAGUGGAGCGAGAGGGUAGACGUUUACGACACCAGGUAUAACAACUAUGAUAGGUAUUAUGGUGAUGGCAGACGCAACCAGAGGAGAAGAUACCACCACGACAAGUUAUUUGUGCCUUACCAAAUAGGCGUUGCUCGAAGUGAUGACGGCCAAGCUGAUAUAGAAAACUGGGGUGUUUACGGUGGCUCCUAUGGUGGUUACGACACUUAUUACAAGGAUAGGAACGACUACCACAAGUCUAUCAAUCAUUGGAGGCUACCGAAUGACAUCGAUAGACCUGUUGGUGUAAAACCUGGACAUAACAGUGACUUUGAUUAUUUUAGUCUCGGCAAGGAUAAGCCCUUGAAUCAUAGGUACGGCUAUGGUGCUUGGAAGAGAGGUAGAUGGAAUAACUCAGGUGGUCAUAAUGGUCUGGAUUAUGGAGAGUCUACUUAUUAUGAGAAACCUAAGAUAUAUUAUGAGUCAGUGGAGAGAGACGAUGAUGUUUUAUAUAAAGAUUGUUCCUCUCGACGAAAACCUGGUAUGUCUUUGGGUUCAGGUGCAAUAAGAAGGUCGUUGUGGGCUCGCAACGUAGUUGAAUGCGAAACUGCUUGUUUCGACGAGACCGAGUUCAAAUGCGUCUCUUACAGUUACAGGUAUUCCAGCAGUAGAGGUACUGACAAUUGCUUCCUAAGCGAGAGACCGUACCGAGGUCUAGAACUAGCUGCGGAUAGUGGUUCAGAUGUGUAUGCUAUGCCACAACAUCAUGGGUGCUCUGUAGUCAGCCAUCAACCAUGGAUUGAGAGCGAGUGUUUUUGGCACGUGCGAUCGGGGGCAGCGGUGGGGGCGGGGGCUGCUCGCGCCGCAAUCACAGUGGCCGGUCUCGGUGCAUGCGAAGCUGAGUAGAAUUGCAUUCUGACGUCAUCUCCACCAACUUCUCUGGAGAGCGGGAGGGGUCUACGUCCCACUUCUGGACACGAGUUGUACGCGAGAGGAAACUAUGGUAGAGGAUGUGAGCCAGCUUUAUAUGAUGACACCCAUUAUAGAGAGAAUCAAUGUUACCUACGGUACGAUAGUGCGGCUAGGCUUGUGGGGUCUGCGGUUCGAGGCAGGACUAGAGUGAGGGACGAACAAGCAUGCGGCGAAGCGUGCACCGAUGCACCAUUUAGAUGUCUUAGCUUCUCUUACAACACCAACGCGCCUCCGGGCAUAGACAACUGUCUCCUAUCAGAGAUACGUCUGUUCGAUCUACAACGAGGCGUAGACUACAAACAUUCUGAGGACGACUGGUUUCAACCGUCUGCUGAAAUUCCAAGGCCUAUAUACGGGUCAAGUGAAGAGACAUACCCGGGUACAGGACCAAGUGGACCUGGAUAUCUACCCAGGCCAGCUGGCCCAUCUGGACCUGGCUAUAAACCUGGAUAUUCCGAACCGGAAAGACCGAUAUAUCCCGGACCGAGCAAUCCAGACAUCUCCCCGCUAGGUUACAAACCCAGUUAUCCGGUUGAGCCCGAUUACAGAGAACCUUCAGGACCAGAUUAUCACGGUUUCAAACCCGGCUUUAGACCGUCUGAACCUACCGGACCUGGGUAUGAUGGAUUCAAACCUGGUUUUAGACCACCUGAACUGGACGAUCACCACGAUUAUAGACCCGAAAGGUAUCCGGGUUAUAGACCAGAGACAGGAAGACCUGAAUAUAGACCUCCACCUGAACACAGUUAUAGACCUAUUGGAAGACCAUACCCGGAUAGGCCGAAACCUGGUUAUGGGGACAGAGAGAUACAAGAGCCA